AGGACUCAGUAUAGAGAAAUUCAGCAGAUGGUAGAUCCGAAGAUGAAACUGAAAAACACUAUAGCCGUAGAGAAGAAUGAGAUCAAUCCUCAUGAAAUCCCUGCCAAAUUGAAAUAUAUGCACCGGCCGCCCAGAAUCACUCCCAACUAUGGCAACAAAAGAUACUGCAUGGCAAAUGCAUUCGUUCUGAAAACGAAGCUUUCUCGUGUUUUGCUCUAUGACAACGUAACUCAGCAGUUUCUUUUGGGGCGUAAAUUAAACAGCCUCAACAGUGAACAAGAGAAAGUUGCCCGACUGUGUGAUCUCCACAGAAAGACAUUCUUUAACCAAAGUCACUUAAAAGACUUACGUCAGCAUCACUUUGGGAAGCGUACCGACGCUAAUAUGGCACUGAUAAAUGCUCAGUCAGAACUGAAGACAAAUAAUGGACACUUUCGGAACCCUUCUCUACAAGAUUUUAAGGCUCCAGGGACGACAGAGUUGCCCCCAUUGAGGUCUGCAAAUUCAAAUUUUGAACAGAAACUAAAAUCGACACUGUUUUUCAAAAACAGACAUCAAAGUCACCCAGAAAACGGUUCCUCGAAAUUUGGUAACAUGGAUUAUCAGCGGGGUAAGCUUCUCAAAUUAGAUAAGCGCUUUCUUUCGCUCGAGAAACUUCUAACUCCGUUUACUUAAAUGCAUGCGGAAAGCAUUUUAUAUUAACAAUGACUUGAAGUGAGUGGGAGUCUUACUUUGGUUAUCACGAAUGAAUUACGUCAUUGAUGCAUUCAGAGGGGAAAGAAUUAUUCUGGCAUCAUAAAAUUUCGUUAUCAAUCCCCAAUAAAUCACUCGUUACAUGUUUA